CAUCUAAACUAAAGAAAAUAAAGAGAGAAAUUAAAAAACACAAGACAAGAAAAAUGGAUAACUCUGAUGUGCAAAAGAGAGGUAGCAUUGCCUUCUGGGCAACCUAUCGACCACCAGUUCCGCUCGAUAUAUACACCGCCACCUAUCCAAACGUCACCACGGAAGACGAGACCCUUAUGACCGACGGGGAGUCCUACUACAACUACAACGGUCAAGUCAUCCCACCGUCUGCUCUCAAGACUAUUCUCAAAUCUCCUAAGUUGGCUACCUACGACAACGACGGCGAUGUCGAUUCAGGUGAACUCUCGGGGCUUAUUUUUGUGUCCGAACGAACCAAGGGACUUGAGACGCUUCACAUUGCUCUUCUGGACUGUCAGUCAAAUGUACUUGAAGUGUUCAAUUUUGCUGAAUUAUACGACACUUUCAAUGGUGUUCGUAUGGAGGAUAGUGCAUGUUUUGCAGGUGAUUACCUUAUCUAUGUCUCUACUAUGGAGCCUGCCACUGAGCCUCAUCAGCCUUGGACUGCUGUCUAUAAAACCAAUCUUAAGACUGGUGAAACUAAACGCCUAACUCCAAAAGGGCAAGCCGAUUUGAAUCCCUCGGUGUCUCCGGAUGGAAAGAGGAUAGCAGUUGCAUCUUUUCAAUUAAAGGCAGAUGGCUGGUAUGGCGAGGUUGAAGAUCUGAAGACUAGCAUUUGUGUUUUUGAUGUUGAACAACCGUUGAAUCGUGAGUUUGUUAUAAUAGAUGGAGGUUGGCCAACUUGGGGAAGUGACAAUGUCUUAUUUUUCCACCGCAACAUUGAGAAGGUCAAGGCCCAAAAAUGUUGGGGUGUAUUCCGGGUCGAUCUCCGUGAGGGUCCCACAUCCGUGACUCGAGUAACCCCGGCGGAGAUCAAUGCCAUGACUCCGGCGGCCAUCAAUGAGACCAAAGUAGCGGUGGCCACAAUUCGUAGAAGGUUCACAUUUGAUACACAAGAUGAGCGUGAACAAGAUCAAUACCGACACAUUGAGAUUUUUGAUACCAACCAAUUAACUGGAAGCGAGUCUGAAAAAAUAACUCUAAUAACCAGACCCAAAGCUGACCAUUUUAACCCGUUUAUCAUUGAUGACAACAGUGGACAAAUGCGUAUUGGUUACCAUCGUUGCAAUAGCGAUAAAGUUAACACAUAUAAUGUGGUUGACAAAGAUUUCUACGAGCUACAAUCUCCGAUUAGCGAGGUAGGAGUAUUAAGGGUUUCAGGUGUCUUUCCAACAGUUUCAGCUUGUGGCAAUAAACUUGCAUUCGUUGACAAUGAGUUCAAAGCCGUAUGGCUUGCCAAUGACAAAGGGUUACAAGUUGUUUACCAGGAAAAUGAGUCGAAUAGGUUAUUUUCGCCGGUGUGGAACGCAAAGAAGGACACGCUGUAUGUGUGCGUUGGGCCUACUUUCAGGAAAAGUGAGACGGUUCAAAUAUUGGCGAUUAGCCGCGUCUCUGAGGAUGAUAGGACUAUCAAAUAUCUGACAGACGAGGGUCACAAUAGUGCUUUUCCAUCUACCAAUCCCGACGGAACGAAGCUAGUAUAUCGAUCUACAAAGGGAUCUCCAAAGGAAGGGUACAAGAAUCUAUAUAUAAUGGAGAAUGCUGAAUUAGGGGAAUUCGAUGGAGGCAAAAUAACAAGGCUAACUGAAGGAAACUGGUUAGACACACAUUGUGAUUGGUCUCCAAAUGGAGCUUGGAUUGCAUUCUCAUCAAACCGUGCGAAUCCCAAUGCAAAAAAGUUCGAGGACUUACCUGAUACAGGAUACCAUGCAGUGUACCUAGUAAAAGCAGAUGAUAAAGAUGUGGUUGUGAAAGUUAUAGACAGUGGUAAUUCUUAUUUAGGAGGCUUAUUUCCGGGUCACGUGAACCACCCAAUAUUUAGCCCGGAUGGAAAGAGUCUUGUUAUUACAGCUGAUCUUGCUGCGGUGUCUUGUGAUCCUAUUUCGAUGCCUCUCUUCCGAAACUCAGUUAGACCUUAUGGAGAUAUCUUUGUCGUUGACAUUGAUUCUGAUGAUAUAUACAAGAACGAGAAUUUGAAGAAGUUCAUCAGGGUUACACAUAGUAGGUAUGAGAGUGGUACUGCUAGUUGGUCUGCGGCCUCUGCUGAGGAUUUGCAUGCUAAAUGGGAAGUUACAAGAAAGGGAAAUAAUGAACAUUGCAAGAUGUAUAUGCCACAAUGUCCAUUUGUUCAUGAAAGUGGAGCUGAAAGCCUUCACAUGAUUGGCCAUCUUUGCAUCGAUAAAAGUUGUUGUUGAUCUAAUUAACUGUGGUGUGUCCGGUCCUUAUCACAAGGAUGAAGAGUAUGAUCCAGAGGUUUGUGUGUUUGAUGAUAAAGGAUGUGAUCCUUGAAACAACUUUAGAAGUUGUUUGAUAAGUGUGUUUGUGUUUUUUCAAAUAAAUGUUGGUUUUGAUUUGUAUGUAUGAUAUGGUGUGUUUGUAUUCAAAUUAUGUUGGUUGUGAUUUGUAUGUAUGAUAUGGUGUGUUUGUAUUGAAUGAAGUUUUACAAAAGGACUA